CUUAGUGCCAUUGGACACUGUAACGUGCAAUCGGUUAACAUAGGAUAUUUUAAAAAUACCACGUACCUUGGUUUCCUUGUCCUUUCAUCCGCUACACCGACACACCAAAUGAAACAAAAUGAGGAGGCAAUAUGGUAAGAAAUCCACCCUCCUUGAAGCUUAGACAAAGUGCCUCGCAGCAGAGUUCAAAAAAGGAACACAAGAGGGAAACUCACAAUAAGAAGGCCACGAACACUCGUCCAAAAAAAGUCGAAGAUACUGGAGGUUUAAUUUAUCCCGGAGGAGACACCGCAUUUAAAGCGCUACUCUCGGCGAGAUUCUGUUCGGCAAUUUGGUCGCACAUUUCCGACUGCGAUGAGACUUACAACUAUUGGGAGCCAACACACUAUUUAGUUUUCGGUAAGGGUCUGCAGACGUGGGAGUACAGUCCGGAGUUCGGAUUGCGAUCUUACACUUACCUGUUGGUGCAUGCGAUUCCCGCCUUUAUCUACCAUAAGCUACUACAACCAAAUCCGUUGCUAAUAUUUUAUUUCAUUCGGUGCUUAUUAGGACUACUCUGCUCGUUUGCGGAGGUCUUCUUCUACAAGGCUGUCUGUAGGGAAUUUGGUGUACAUGUAGGCCGUUUAUGUUUAGCCUUUCAGAUAUUUUCGGCGGGGAUGUUCAUUUCUAGCACGGCAUUUCUGCCGUCUAGUUGGGCCAUGUAUGGUUUCGCAUCUGCAUGUGCCGCCUGGUGGCAACAAAAGUAUGCUUUAGCUGUAUUUAUGACUGCUUUAGGCUCACUUCUAGGUUGGCCAUUUGCUGCUUUGUUAGGGAUUCCCAUAGCAAUUGACAUGAUAAUAAUGAAGAAAUUAUAUCAAGACUUUAUACAGUGGUCUGUAAUAUCGGCUGUAGUGAUAUUAGGACCUAUGGUUAUGAUUGAUACGAAUUAUUUCGGAAAAUUGGUUAUUGCCCCUUGGAAUAUUGUUAAGUAUAACAUUUUUGGUGGAGGAGGCCCUAAUUUGUAUGGAACCGAGCCAUUUUCUUUUUACAUCACUAAUGGAUUUUUGAAUUUUAAUAUAGUUUGGAUACUUGCUCUUCUGUCACCUGUAUUGUUAAUACUUUCGCACUUUUUUGUGCCAGCUAAGAGCAAGAGUACCUUAAUGCUACCUCACAGUGUAUCACUGUUGCCAUUUUUUCUGUGGUUGGGCGUAUUUUGUUUUCAACCCCACAAAGAAGAGAGGUUUCUGUUUCCCGUGUAUCCCAUGGUCUGUUUAGCAGGAGCAGUUUCCGUAGAUGUCAUACAAAAAUUAUGUUUUCGCAUUUUAUUUUUAUUGAGAUCAAUAAAAAUAUUCAAAAUACCACGCGGAACCCACUAUCUAGAAUCGACGCUCGUCGUUAUGGUGGGAAUUAUUACGCUGUCGAGUCUGCUAGGAAUAUCAAGAAUAUUUUCACUUUACCGUAAUUAUCACGCCCCCUUUGACCUAAUGAUGGAACUCAAUCAUUUUCCCGCCGAAGGAAAGCUUGUCAAUACAAAUUCGGUGAACGUCUGCCUAGGUAAAGACUGGCACCGUUAUCCGAGUUCGUUCUUUUUGCCGAACACCAAGUGGAACAUUCGAUUUAUACAAUCCGAAUUUAAAGGUAUCUUACCGGCCCCGUACUCGGAGAACGAAAACGGUACCACAAUUAUACAUAAACAUUUCAAUGAUCAAAAUCAAGAGGAGACGAGUUUGUAUUUCGACGUAAAUAAAUGCCAUUUCUUGUUAGAUUUAGAUUUAGAAAGAGAGAGUGACUUGGAACCGAGAUAUUCCAAAAAACGUGAUAAAUGGACUGUAAUUAAGAGUCUGCCAUUCUUAAAUGUAGAGAAAUCUAAUCCUAUAUUUAGAGCAUUUUACAUUCCAUUUUUAAGUGAUCGCUAUAUACAUUACAGCAACUUUAGUCUUCUGCAAGCAACUAGAAUUGGUAAAUUUAUGUAAUAUGUACCUGAUUUGUUACUGUAAAUUAUUCCAAGACCAUAA